UUUCUAGCUUUCUCUGUCUCUAAUCCUCCUACGAUGGCAGAAGAAAACACCUCGUUGCCCCAGGAGCAGUUCCACUGCUGCAUGUGUCUAGAGACUUUGGGGGAUUCCGUUUCUUCUCCAUUUGGAAUUCACUUCUGCAAAAAAUGCAUCCAAAACGGCUCGGAUAAGACAGGUGAGGUCAGCUACCAAGAGUGCAGGGAGACUGUUAAUCUGUGUAAGGACACUGUGAUAAUCGAAGCGGAGGAGGAAUUAAAACCAAACGAGCUCAGCCCCGCUCCGUCUCAGAGUGAGGCCAGACACGGAGAUGUCGGCUGUGAUGCCUGCACUGGGAAGAGGCGGAGGGCUGAGAAGUUCUGUGUGACCUGCCUGGCCUCCUUCUGCGAGACUCACAUCCAACUGCAUUAUCAGGUUCCUGCCUGGAAGGAUCACAAGCUCAUCGAUCCAAGUGAAAAUGUCCAAAGGAAACUCUGUACAAAGCACCUGAAAAGCCUGGAUAUUUUUUGCAAAACGGACCAAGCGUGCAUCUGUAUAAUGUGUGUGAUGGACACCCACAACACGCAUGUAAUGGUGGAGCCUCAGAAAGAAAGAACAGAGAAACAGAUUCAUUUGGAGGCGAUACGCUCAGAAAAUCAGAAAACAAUAGAAGAGAGACAGACGAAACUGGAAAAGAUGAAAAAGGCCUUGGAACAAAUUAAGAUGUCUGCAGACAAGGAGGUGCAAGAAUGUGAGAAAAACUUCACUGAUCUGAUUCACUGCAUCGAGGAAACCUGCAGGAAAGUGACAGAGCAGUUCAGACAGCAAGAAACGAGAGAAAUGAAGAAGGUGGAAGCCAUCAUCAAGAGACUAGAGAAGGAGAUUGAGACUCUGAAGAAGCGAGACGCCGAAGUGACUGAGCUUUUAGUGACGGACGACAACAUUCAUUUUCUCCAGACUUUCUCAUCACUGUGUGUCCCACCUGCAAAAGAAGACUUGACCAACAUGAACUUCAUGGCAGACUUCUCUUGUCAAACCCUGAGGAAGGAGGUGUCUCUUCUGAAACAGCGUCUCGAGAAACUGAGAGAGGUUAAAAUCGAAAAAGUGACAUCUGCAGUGAGUGUAAUUCCACUUCAUAUCCCAAUGACUCCGGAACAGAAGUGCAGACCUGAAUUAUUGAAAUAUUUCUGUCAUCUAACAUUGGACCCGAACACUGCAAAUGGACACCUCAUUCUGUCUGAAGGAAACAAGAAGGUGACAGUAAUGAAGAAGGAGACCAUCUAUCCUGAUCACCCUGAUAGAUUUGACCACUGGUGGCAAGUUCUCUGCAAAGAGGCUUUGUCUGGGACUCGCUAUUACUGGGAGUUGGUGUUGAGUGGAAGGGAGACGGAGAUAGGAGUCACUUAUAAAAAAAUCACCAGGAAAGGAAAAGGCAGAGACUCUCACAUUGGGCGCAAUGAAGAGUCCUGCACUUUAACUUGCUUUUCUAUCUCCUCUUUGAGGCAUAAUGGCAGGCACAAUAAAAUAACCGUUCCCCACUACCACAGAAUAGGGGUGUAUUUGGACUGGCCGGCCGGUUCGUUGCUGUUUUUCCGUGUUACGGACACAAUGACACUCUUGCACAAGUUUCAGUCCACCUUCACGGAGCCACUUUAUCCUGCUUUUUGGCUACCUUAUAAGGACAGCUGUGUAACAAUCUGCACCCUUAACAAAUCUAGCCACUCUUAAGCACCAGGCUUUGGAUUUGCUGUUUUUUCAUGUAUAGAUUGCAGCAUAAAGCAAUGCAUUUCAUUAGUCCUCAGGAUGAAAGUGGGCAAGAGUGUAGGAAAUACUGCACUCAGCGACUUAAAUAGACAUAGGCUUUUAUUAUUUUGGGCAAUGUAAGCUUCAGUAUUAUUCAAAUCUGAUAUCUUGGAUCAUCUGCAGACAACAAAUUAAAAUCUACAUUAAGUAGAGCCUACCUUGUGGUGUAAUGCAUGAAGGAAUGGGUGUAUAUUAUAGUUACAAGGCCAUUACAAGAAUAGCAAAGGUGGAGGAGGCAUGAAAGCAGAGGGGAAGUGCCAGCUCCAUUUGGAUUUUGAGGAAUAAAGAAGAAUAAUCAAACUCCUGGAAGUAUUUGCUUCGAUGUUCACAGCAAGUCCCUUGCAAACACAACGAAGUCCUUUCAAAAAUUGUUCUUGGACAGAAGAGUUGAUCUCAAGCCUGGGUCAUGACCCACAUUUCAAUGGUGUGUCACAUAAGAAUGUUGUUCAAACUAAAAAAUUAUCUACAUCAUCUCCAAUUGCAUACUAGUCUUAUCAGUGGUGGAAUAGAUCGUUUUAUACACAGCAGAUUUACCGGUGUUAAAUAAAGACUUAACACGUGUCCCAGAUGUGGACAAAUUUGUUGGUACCCCUCCAAGAAGAACCCACAAAUGUCUCUGAAAUAACUUGAAACUGACAAAAGUAAAUUGCACCCAUCAUUAUUUAUCCCAUAUUUAACAAAAAUCAGACUUUGCUUUAGAGCUUUGAUUCAACAGAAUAUUUCAAACCGUAACACAAAUGGAAAUGGCACGGGCAAAAAAAUAAUAGGACCCUUAACCUAAUAUUUUGUCCCAUAACCUUUAGAGGCCAUCACUGCAGACAUGGAAUUCCUAUACUGUGCAGCUUAGCCCACUCGUUCUGAGCAAACUUUUCUAGCUCUUAUUUAUACUUGCAUUAUACUGUGUGCAAAAGCAAAAAUAAUUUUUAUAAUAAUAAUAAUAAUUUUACAGAAAUAUAGCAGAAUGUGGUACAUCAGUUGAACAAAUGUUCACAUGUGCCAUGUUUAAAGGUCCACAAAUGAAAAAAUUCCACAGUAAAAUGUCUUGUAAUUCAACAUAACUGUAUCUGACCAUUUGCGUUUUCAUAUGCCAGCGUCAUUAUUUUGAGACAGUGUAUAAAAGAAAAGAUCAUUUUAUAGAAUAUUGCAGAAUGUGAUGUGUCAGUUGGACAAAUGUUCACAUGUGCCAUGUUUAAAGGUCUAAAAAUUAAAAAUUUCACAGUAAAAUUUCUUGUACCUUCAACAUAUAUGUAGUUGAACACAUAUACUUUCAUAUACCAUUGCCAUUAUUGUGAGGCAGAGUACAUAAGAAACAACAAUUUUAUAAAAAUAUAGCAGAAUAUGGAGUGUUAACUGGCCCAAUGUUUACAAGUGCCAUGUUUAAAGGACCAAAAAAAAAUAUAUUUUCUUUAAUUUAGCACAUAUGUACUGGAACACAUAUUUUUUUCUCCUAUCCCAGUGCCAUAAUUGGGAAAUGGAGUAAAAAUGAAAAGUUAAAUUCCUUGUAAUAUAGCAGAAUGUGUUGUGUUGAUUGGCCAUAUGUUCUAAUGCUGUGUUCAGAAGGCCUCACGUGAAAAAUUCCUUGUCAUUCAACAUGCACUAUCUGUAGUGGAACAUAUGCAUUUUCACAUGCCAAUGUCAUUAUUUUGAAAAGAUAAUUUAAUUGAAAUAAAGAAGAAUGUGCUGUGUAAAUUGAAGAAAUGGUCACAGGUGCCGUGUUCAAAGGGCAACAAAGAUAUAAAAAAAUCAACAGUAAACUUUCUUGUACUACUGCUUAUGUGUAGUGGAACAAAUACGUAUAUUUUCACAUUCCAGUGUCAUCUUGGUGAGACGAUAUGUAAGAGAAAAGAUAAGGUCAUUGCAAGCGAUGCAGAUGUGUCAGCUUUAAAUUUUGAAUGCUGAAGAAUAGUUUUUUUUUGUCUACAUCUACUGUUACGUAAAUUAUAGCAGAAUUUAAUAUGGAAUGGGAAAUCCGAAUAAGUAGCAAACGUCACCCUCCUAUCUUAGUUUGCCUCCUGUUAUCUCUCUAUGCAUCCAUCCAUCCAUUAUCCAACCCACUCUAUCCUAACUAUAGGGUCAUGGGGGUCAGCUGGAGCCAAUCCCAGCCAACACAGGUCGCAAGGCAGGAAACAAACCCUGCAGCCUACCGCAGCCUCUCUGUGCAGAUCGGUUCAAAUUUCGUGACUUUCGUGAAAUACUUCAGUUCCUAAACCUAGUGUAACAUCAGUCAUUAACAUUUAUUUUACAAAACCCGAAAUUUUCUAACUAACUUGUAAUGCAAUACGGACCAGAAUGAGUAACUGUUCACGUUCUGUUAGGUGAGUUGCUCCGCCGGAUGUGACGUCAUACGCCCAGUAGCCAAUCCUAGGAAUCUUCUGCAAGCCAUAACCGUAAGUGUGGUCCUCUUUCCACACUUCUUUAACGCUCAAAAUGCUGAAAUUGUUUUAUAGUUAGUUA